CUGACUGCUGUGACGUGAACGUUACGCCGGGCGACAUUUGGUGGUUUAUCAGUGGGGCCCUGUUUUUUUGGCUGUUUCACACUGUUGCUACUACGAUUGUUUUUUUAUGAGGCCAGUCAGAAUGUCCGUUCGUAUCAAAUGACUGGUGUUUAUGUUAAAAACGUGAAUGCUUGAAUUAUAAGUAAUGCAUAUGAGAAACUGAAUUACGAUUGACAUAGGCCUAUCUUCGGUAAGUGUUGUGUAUUAGCCUAUAUAAGGAAAUGUACAUUCAUUAACUGCAUUUUGGCGAUAUCAAAUCCCUUGUACGCUUAAGUUGCCAUAUGUAUUAAGCGGCCAAAAAGAUCACAAUAACAGUUAUAUGUGAUAAGAUGUGAUUAUUCAAUUAAGGUUGAAGGGCCAGACUGUCAAAAAACUAGGUGAAUCAAUUUUCAGUAUUGGAUUAUUUGAAAAAAUUCGUAUUCUUCCGUAAGAGAGUUGAUCCAACAGACAGUUAAGUCUGGUCGUAGGGUAAUCAUAGAUUAAUUACCUAAAACGCUAAUUACUCAAUGUGACACGGAAGAAAUUAACUGGUAGACCUUCGUGUGAUCCUUCAUUGGGAACCAAAGACUUUUUAAGCCCAAAAUACUACUGUCCAUUGACCAUACUCCAACACUUAUGUCAAGUUGAGAGAGCGGUCCCCCGAAGUGAUGUGAAGUUGUUUCGAUCCCCCAUGGAGCCCAAGACCAUCAAGCAAGAAAGGGAAAGCGGGAAGGACGAUCCGACCAAUCAGGAAGCAGCUAAUGAGAGCCGGACGUCGUCAUUGGUCCAGGGGCUGACCAAUCAGGACUCGCGCAGCACUCGCAGCAAAGGCCUAAAAACUGAGAUGUCCAAGUUAAUGGAAAACAACAAUAACAACAACAACAACAACAGCGGUAGCACCAACGGCAACGCGACCUCCUCCGCCAUUAACAACGGCAGCAGCAGCAGCAGCAGCGGCGGCAGCAGCUGUCCCUCCAACGGCAGCAACGGCAACGGCGGCACGAACCCGACGGCGGGCAGUGGCACCAACAACGAGAGAGUUCCUUCGCAGAAUUCCUUCUCGCCUCUGCCUUCCCAAAAGGCCUCUUAUGCCAAUGGCUCCUACUCUCCACACAGCACAGUCAACGGGACGCCCACACCCUCACCUCCCGCCCUAUCGUCUCCGCCCACGCACGCUCAUGACUCCUCUGCGCCCGGGAGCGGCGCCUCCUCAAGAGACAGCCACCGUCAGAUCUCGAAGGUACGCCGAUUCCUCACAACCUUACAUCAGUUUGCCGCGGACAUUUCUCCGGACGUUGGUGACCGCGUCAGACAUUUGAUCCUCGGGCUCUUGAGCGGAGGCGUGAGCGUAGAGGAAUUUCAUGGCGGCCUUCAGGAAGUGACGCACUUCCCUCUGAGGCCCUUCGUUCUUCCCUUCCUGAGGUCCCACCUGCCUCUCCUUCAGAGGGAGUUGCAGUCCCUUGCGAGGAGAGCCACUAUGCCUGUAUCCCAGUACGUCACGAUGCACGAAGCUGCAUUGUUGGAGUCGACGGCGGGGGAACCGACAGACUUCUUUUCCUCAGAAGUGACGAGCGGGAAAAGGAGGCACGAAGGUUAUUUUGAGAAUGGCGAUUCUGGUGUUGGAAGUGGUGGCGGGGUCUCUCCGCCCCCUGCAAAGCGCCUGGGUAUAUUUUCUCCGCCAUAUCCAGGUGUGGGCGUAAGCCCUGACCCACCCUCACACCCACGUGACUACCGCACGCCCGCACCGCCCGAUGACGAAUGGAAAAAUAUACAUGUUAUGCUUACGUGCAUCUUGAGCAUGGUUGAAAAGACUCGCCGGGCCCUAACCAUGCUACAGCAGAAGGAGGAUCGUGAUGGAGGGACCUGCGGACGCAUUGGGUCCGUCGGGGCCACAGACCUCCGUCAGAGAACUGAUUAUGAUGCCGAGGUCAGACGACACGCCGCAGAACUUGUGGCACAGAGCAUCAGGACCACAGAGGAAAGAGUCUCCGAAGUUAAAAGGAAAGCAGAGGAAGCCGUGUCCGAAGUGCGUCGGGCAGCAGUCGCAGAAGUGCAGAGAGCCAUCGGUGCUGCAGAGGCCAGAGCGCAGGAGUUGGUGGCAGCUGAGAGGGCCAAAGUCGAGGCGCUUCUGAGGGAGGUUGGCCGUAGAGAUUCUACCGAGCCUCGAGCAGAACCUCAACAGGCGUGUUGGAACUGCGGGAGGAAGGCGCACGAGACCUGCAGCGGAUGCAACGUCGCAAGGUACUGUGGACCGUUCUGCCAACACAAGGACUGGGACUCCCACCACAAAGUCUGCUCGCCCACCCUGGCCUCGGCCCCGUCCUCCUCCACCUCCUCCUCGUCAUCUUCAGCCUCUUCGUCCUCCGCCAUAGUUGCUGCGCUGGUUUCCAAAAGUAAAUUCCUGAAGGCUUCGGAGACGAAGACGGAGUGACCUCGGUUCAGAGGGUCUCUGAGGAGGAAGUUCCGCAGGAAGGCUUGUGUCAUGUGAUGAGGGCAACGAAGCUCCUUUAGAAAGAGAGAGAAUAGUGCUGUUGUUGUUGAACGGUUUUUUUAAAUACUGUUAGUCGAGAGAGAUACAGCAGCUAUAGACUGCCGUGAACUUGACUGAAGGUAUGUUGCUCUACAAGUUGAGAUAAAGGAAAUGGGGAUAAUGUCAUGAUCUGAUAUGGUUGCAAAAGUCCCACACAAAGCUCAAGAUGACAUGAAUUUAAUCCCUUUUUUUCCUGUAAGUGAAUGUGCUACUUUUAUUAGUGUGUAUCCAGUGUUACAAGUCAGCAUACUAUAUUUUUCCUUCUUAUUUAAAUGUCAUAUAGAUUAGUCAUUUGGUACUUUUGACAAUCUCAGCUGGAGGUUGUUCCCCAGUUGUCAGUUAUUAGUGUCACACCAUACACUGGAACUUUUUCAAGGAUGAUCUGAUCAUACGAGAGUCUAAUUUCUCAGACGUCCUCAUCCCAAGAAACUACAGCCAGGAACACAUCUGUUGCACAGUGAAAGGCCAGUAAUAGAAUUAUACAUGUUUCUGUUUUCGUCUUGGUACAGAACUCUCAGCCUUUUUUUUUUCCGGUGAUUCCUUUUCAACAGUUUCUGUGUGUAACUAUCACAAAUACGGUGUGCAGUGGUGUUUCAAAUCCUUUUUAUCAAUUGUUAUCUUAAUUGGAAACUCAGCUGUUUUGAUCACGAUUGUUUAUACUAAAUCUAAACGGGAACAGGAAAGAAAGUUGUCUACGUGAUAAGAAUUACAAUAGAACUUGUCAUGAAAAAUAUGUUCACAACUAGACAGUUGACAUCGACAGUAGUUUAUGACUGAAAAAUAGAUAUAAUUACAAGACAUAUUUGAUAUCUUCAUUUCCUCAUUUUCCAUUCCUUUCUCAGUGUAUGAUAUACAUGUCUACAACAUGAAGAGUGAAGGAUGUUCCGUUCUCCAAACAGUUUUAUAUAUCCAGUUGUCGGUGCACAAAAUCCUGAAAUUGUUACCAAAGUCAGUAACCGGUGAUCACAGCAGAGACAGAAAGGAAUUCUUUGGGUGAGAAAUAAUUCAUCGAAUGACUUGAAGAAGAAUUUUAGGACCAAUAUAACGAUAGUGUUUCUUCACGAGUAAAAUCAAAUUGCAUAGUUUUUUUUUUCCUGAACGUUGUAAUGUCUGCUUGAAACUUCAGUACAAAUCUGUUGUUGGGAUCAUGGCGUCCUUGUCAGGGCGAAGGUCUUUAUGCGUCCUCUUUAUGCGAGAUGUUACCUUAUAGUGUCCUUUUGGGACAGUUCGUACCAGAAUCCUGUAAACCAAAGAUUGUAGUUAUAGGAUAAUAACAGUUUUUUUACACUGCGAAAAAAACAGUUUGACUUAGGGAACAGAGGGAUCAGGAUAAGGGAGAAGCAUAGUUCUUGGCAAUAAUGAAAUCUAAUUGUACUGUAGUAUUAUCUGUCAUAUUUUUCCCAUAGAUAUUCAUUUUUCCAUGUGUCUAGUCACAAUAUUAGCGAGGAAAAAUUAAGUAAUUGCAGUGUCUGGAAAUACUGUAUAUGACGAUGUUGGGUCUUUUUCUGUAAUUGUUUAUUGUUCAUUGAUAAUCCAAAAUAUUACUUUUUUGUGUAAAUUUCCGUUCAACUUCUAUCAUUAUUGUUUAUAGAAUUAUUUUCGUUUUACAUUGCAGGGAUUAGUAUUCCCUUUUGAUUCGUCAUCUUUUAGUGAAUAACUUAUCCCCAGCAUAUCACUUCAGAUUAACGCUGACAUUACUACUCUGCCCAAAGGUGUCAAGUUCAUUAACUGUACUGUACUUGCCAGUUUGUUGUACAGUGAUUGUUUUAAAAUCGACUUCUUAGAGAAUUACAAUAUCUUGAUGAAGGCUUAGUUGUGGUGUGUGAUGGGCGUGUGUUUCUGUCAGAGAAUGGUGUGUAUGUGUGUGUGUGUGUGUGGUAUGGGUGAGUGGGUGGGGUUAAAAACCAGUUUGCUAUUAAUGUCAAUAUUGAAACUGAUUUCUUUGUUUCGUAUUUUAAGAGUAGGAAAGAAUUCCUUCUCCUCCUGAGCUUAUAAAGAGGUAUUUUAAACGUUAUCUAGAUCUCAUAGUAUUGUUCAUUUUUAUUUUCACUAUUAAUAUGACAGCUGAUUUUGGUUUUAUCAUACUUUGUCUCAUAUAAAUUUUAUUCUUCCUAAAAGAAUUUUUUUUUAUAUUCUCCCUCAGAUGAAACUAGAUAUUGUAAUUUUACCAUUUUACAUUGUCAAAGGAGAUACAAGAGUCAUCAGCAUGGGAGAGAAAAAUUGCCAUGAACAUUUCUAACACUGUUUGAUGUGCAAUUUCUAAAAGAGUGAUGGCAAAGUUUUUUAACAUUUUGUUCUAACAUCUUUAGUAAGUAAGCGACUACAGUGUUGUCAUUUGUUCUUGAGAAAUGUCUCGCCAUGUUCUUCAGUGUUUAAUUAGAGUUUUCGAGAUGGUUUAUCAUUGUCAAUACUUAAUGUAUCAAAGACAUUUUUACUACAAUUGUUUCAAUAUUGAUGAUAAACAAUACUAUACUUGCCAGUUACCUGGUGGUCUGUAAGAAGAUGGCCAAACUUCAAUGAAAUUUAACAAUGUGGAUUUAAUAUUUCCCUGUUUUCUUUAUAUAAUAUGCAGAGGAGACUUCACAUCAAACUAUUUUUCAAAUUCAGUUUUAGUUAGGGAAUAUAAUUUCAUUACCAUCUAAGCAUAGUUUUUUUUUUUGCAUGGGUGAAAUUGCUCUUAUUAUUGUAAAAUUUUGGGACAGGUCUUAUUCUUUUUCUUAUAAUUAUUUGGUAUGUCCCCAUAUUUCUAAGCUGUUUAAUUUAUUUUUCAAAGACAUCCUUAUAAAGUGUAGUUUAUUCAGUACGAGAUUGAUCUACCAACAAUAGAAUGUAAAAAUCUGUAAAAUCUUGGUAGUACUUCAUGGGUAUAACCAGGUCAAUGUGAUUAUUCUUCACCUGUGCCAAAUGUUCCUCAUUUUUAUCCAGUUUCAUAUUACUUUUAUUUCAAUAAACAUUCACCAUUCUUACGUUUAUUGUUCACUAGAAUUUGAUCAAGGCUUGUUUCCAAUUUCUGUAAAAGUUGGAAUGAAAGAAAUCCUAAGAAGUACUAAUGGUCAUUGAAUAAUGAAUAUGGUUACUGAGAAGUCUGCCUGCCACUUGGGUGACUGCACAUACAGUACAUUAUCCGAAAUGUCAAGAAGAAGAAAGGGAGAUAAAAAAAAUAGUUCAGAACAUUGUGGUCUAUCUCAUGAUUCUGACAUUUUUAACCAGUAGUUUUUCCUAUAUUGUGAACUUUUGGUAGAGUCACAUAAGUAUGUGAUUAUCCUGUUCCUUGAUUCCUUACAAGCAGUUACCUUCUAUUGUAUAGCUGUGGUUUUUCCUCUGACAGGAAAUGAUAUUUCUUCAGAGAUCUCAAGACCCUUAUUAGUAGAACUAGAAAUUAAAUUGAUGCAUAUGUAUGCUCAUCUUUUUUUUAAAUACGUGUAAUGUCUCCAUUAAUUUAGUGUGAUAUGUACAAGGUAUUUAACGCCAUUAUUGUUACAGAGUUUUAUAAAGUUUAUUAUUUAUUUACGGCUUUACAGUAUUUCUUUUAUUUACAUGAUUUGUGCCUAAUGGCAAUGUUCCCAAAAUGUUCAGAUUUUAUCAUUUGCAUUUAAACGCGUCUCAUGUUUUUGGUAUUGUGUCUACUGAAUUCCUUGAGCCCAGCAUCACAAAGCUAUUGAAUUAAGUGUAUUGUAUACCAGUGUGUUUAUUGUUUUGUAAAUAGAUAAUUUUAUCA